AUGGCUACCUACGCCAAGUAUGCAGACAUGUAUAAAAAUCGUACUCGCUCGUCAGACUCAAGGGUGAUUGAAAAUACCUUAGCAAAUUCACAUUCAGUGUCGCCCAACAGAUAGAAUUUGACAGCUGCUACGACAACAUUGAAUAAUACAAAUCCUUAAGCUAAUCAGACUUAAGGCAAGCUUUAAAAUUUGAAAAGUAUGACUGAUCGUAAUGCCUAUAUGACAUUCCUUGAAGUCUAGCUUGAGAGAGUAAGUUAGGCGUGCUUGACGGUUCAAGCAUUUCAAGAUAGAUUUGAGCAGUAACAGCAUUAAUUGAGUUCUUAAGAGGAAAAAAUAUUCAAUAUUAGCCGCCUCAUCAAACUUUUGCAAAGCUAUGCUGAUGCACAAGAAGAGGACUCUUAAAAUGUGAAAACAUAACUUAAAAGCAUUCACCAAAGAAUUGAUGAAUUAGCUCAUCACUAGGAAGGCAAUAGCAACAACUAUGGUAAUAUUAAGAAUAAUAGAAGUAUUAGUCCAGGCAAGAAAAGAGGAGCUGAUAGUUCCUAUCCAAGUAAUCAUUACAAUUCAAUUGAAAGUGGCACAAACAAUGCAGCCAAUGUCAAAAGAUUGGGAUAACUAGAGGACAAGUUCUAAUAACUUGAAGAUAGGUUCAAUUCCAUUCAGUUCAAAGCUUAGCUUAAUAAUCAAGGUAGUAUAGCAAACUCUAACUUCAAUUCUCAUCGUGAUGGAGCAGGAUCAUAAGCUGACUAGUAUGCUAAUUUUGCUAGAGAGGUUGAUCGUGCACUUAAGGAAAUGGAAGAACGCAUCUAUAAAGUUAUUAACGAAAAAGAAUAUUCUACUAAUAGAAGGUUAUCUGAAUUGAAAUAACAUUCAUCAACAGCAUCUUUCGCAAAGGAAAGACAAAGAGUGAUAGAGUCAACAUCAUCAUUACUCGGAGGAGCUUCUGGAUAAAACCCUAACAUGAAGAAAAUGGAGGCAGCUUUAAAUGAAUGGCUGGAGAAAGUAGAGGAACAAGUAAAUCAGUUUGACUCUGACAAAGCCAGUCACUUUGAUCUUCAAUAAUUAGACCUUAAGAUUCAAAAUGAAGUUAGAGAUAGAUAGUACGCUACUGAUCAAAUUCUUCAAAUCGCAUAAAACGCUGAGAAGAUAUGCAAUAGAUUGACAGAUGAUGCAAUGGCCUCAGUUGAAGAUCUGCAAAAGAAGCAGUAUGAAAUGGAUGAUAGAUUCUAGUAGAUGGUCAGAUAUCUAGAAGAAAAGAUCAGAGUCUCUGUCAGCAGCAAUCUUAAUCCUCACAAUGAGGGCAUCUUAAGUGGAGGCUCUGACACUUUCAAAAUAUCAUCCUAGGAAACAUUCCGUUCUCAGAAUGUGAAUAAUGGCAAUGGCCAGAAUAACUUCAGUCUCUAGGACUUAAGACUCAUUGAGGAUAAGCUAUCUAAACGCAUGGCAGAUUCAAUUGAAUCUCUGGCUGAAAUUAUUAAGGAUCAAGCUAAGAAGCACAGAAGAAUCAACGAUCGUCUGAGUGAUUGUGAGACCAAGUUAUUCGGCCAGAGCAGAGAUGAACGCAAAAAGGCUAAAAAUAAAAAUCAGUAAUAGCAGCAGCAGUAGUAAUAGCAGGAAGUAUUGCAAAAUCAAAGUCUGCUUAAGAACAGUGCGAAUGCCCUAGCUAAUAACUCAAUCAACAGAGAAAAUAGUUUCAGCAGAGUUAAUAAAUAAAAGAGCCAAGGCAUAGCUGAGAGAUCACCGAAUCAGAGAUCAAAUAGCAAAGCCAGGAAAGAUGUCUCUCCACCUGUCAGAGAAAAAGUUUCUAAAAAUAAAGCUCUCGAUAACAGCAAAUCUAAGAAGAGGAAGGAUGAUGUAAGAGUGAGUAACCAAUUUUCAGUUUUAUCUUAGCCUUACACUAAUACCACAGUUGACAAGGAUUAUUAGUCUCUCCUCAAUGGUAGAAACACAUUCGAAGAGAAGCUGCUUUCCUAGCAACAGCAUUUUUAGAACUAGGAGGAUGUUGAAUCACCCAGAGCAGCAUUUUAGCGUGCUAGAGAUAGAUCAAUCAGAGACAUGAAUGAUAGCAUGAACAGAUCUCCACUUAGCAAUGCUAGUGCUUAGAAGUACAAACCCAGUCAGCAGUAAUAGCACAAUCAGUCUAAGUAUGAUGAGAAUUUGUCCCAAGAUGCUCGCAGACUAAGAGACAGUCUAGAUGCGAGGUCUCAAUCUCUGAUUAAACAGAAAAACGGCAACAAUAGAAGUGUAAGCAGAGACUCCAAAAAGACUUCAUUCGUAGCACUAAGGAAUAAGAACAUGGUGAACAAGUCUAGAGAAUACACUAUGCAAGAGCUGGACAAAAUGACUUCGACAUUCAAUUCAGUCAUCAGAUCAUCUUCAAGCAAACCAAAGAAGAGAGGCCAGUCUGAAAACAAUCAACUCUCCACCAAGUCAAAGAGACGCAAGACUUCCCAAAAUUCAAAGAGGAAUGGACCUGACAACACCUCUAAGAUUAGAAGUACUACUGCUCGCGUGAUUGGCAGAGAUGACUCUAGAGGCAGCAACAGCUAAUCAAAGGAGAAAUAUAGAUCAAUGAGACAACCAAUGAGCACUAGAAACGUUAUAAAGGGCAUGAAUACGAGUUCUUCUAAAAAUAGACUGAAUAGUAGAGAUAAAUCAUUAAGAGAUGACAGAAUGAGAGACAUUACAGCCUCCACUGCCAAUCUUACCAUCAAUAAUGGGGACAAAAGGCACUUAAGAAAUAAUAGCAAGUCAUUGUCUCAGAAGAACAUUCUGGAAAUGGCUUCAACUACUGUUGGCUAGGAGAACUCAAGAGUCUUACUAAAAGACCAAAAGAGAAAUAACUUCAACACACUGAACAGCACUGGCACCAACAAUGAAAACGCUGCUGCCAAGGCUAAGAAGAAACUGAAAAAUCUUCAAAAUAAGAAGUCCAAUCAGAGAUUAGCCAAACUAGAGAAGAUGUAUCAGGAAUUAUCUGAAAUCGAAUAGAAAAAUAGACUUCAUUAACAUUGA